UGGGAGAAGAUCUGCGAAUUGGGAGGCGGAUUUGAAGGGGAUGGAACAGAUUGCCGCCAUGGGAGUGAGGAAUAGAGCUUGAAUUUGAAUGCUGCACGCAAGGUGUUUGUGAAUAUGCCGGCUUCAAUGGCGAAUCAGCUCGGCAAUUUGGUGGAAUCCAUAAAAUCCAAGGUGAAGGCACUGAGGAAGUCGAAGAAAUCGAAGAAGCCAUACAUAAAAAUGGACAAGAGCGCGAGCGUCAAGAUUGAAAUCCGUAGCCAAAAAGCUCGAUUGUUGAUUGAUAAGACCUUGAAGGUCGCCGAUCGUCCUGGCGAUCGUACAGUUUCUUAGUCUCGUUGUGAUCUCUGCGCUUAUCGACUCUCAAGUUUAUAAUCGCUCUCUCUCGCUCGUUAUUUCCCCCUGUAAUCUUCGCGGAAUGUUCUGGUUUGUGAUGAUUUUGUUUUGGUUUGAUCGUGUAGCUACCGAUUCUGAGUUUCUCUUACAGAUUCAGAUAUGGAACCGUCUCGGAUAAAUAGCUCCGAUACCAAACAGGUAAUCAUGAAUAGCUCCGAUUCUGAGUUUCUUCUUCAUUAUCCUCAACAAAUCUCAAUCGCCAUCUCGAUCUUCCUUAUUAGAUUUAUUAGAUUUCUACUGCUUGCAAUUCAUUUCAACUCCUCGAGAUAGAAGAUUUCGAAUCUUUUGAUUUUGAAACAGAACAGUUGCCUGAUUUGAUCGAAAGAACAACAUAAAAUAAAGGCGAUUCCCUGAAUCAUUCGAUUUUUAAAAAAAAUUUCCAUUCAGAUUAACAUUGAAUUUUGGGCAUGUUA